UCCCGUUGGAAGGAAAGGCAGGCAGGGGAGGGCCAAGUUUCACUCUGCAUUGCAGCCCGAGCGCUUGCUGCUGCUGGCAACACAACAAUGGCGACUCCCAGUCCGAAUAGCAACUCCACGGGCUCCAGCAACUUUCUGGGGGCCACGUCGCACCACCUUCACCAACAGACUCAGAGCAGCAGCAUGCAAGAAACCAACACCUGCUGGAGAUGUCAAAAUGAACCAGGGUUUCAAAUAAGCCUGUCUGGAGUUCCUACAAGUAAACGCAAAGCUCUGAAGUUGAAUUUCGCCAACCCUCUGGUGAAACCGGCCUCCAGGCUCCCGCUUCAUCCCUCGGCUCCUUCCUUCCAGAAUCCCCACAUAGAGCGUCUGCGGACACACAGCAUCGAGUCCUCCGGAAAGCUGAAGAUCUCCCCAGAGCAGCACUGCGACUUCACCGCAGAAGACCUGAGGGACCUCGGGGAGAUCGGCCGCGGGGCCUACGGCUCCGUCAACAAGAUGGUCCAUAAACCUACAGGCCAGAUUAUGGCAGUCAAGAGGAUUCGCUCCACUGUGGAUGAGAAGGAGCAGAAGCAGCUGCUGAUGGAUCUGGACGUGGUGAUGAGGAGUAGCGACUGUCCCUACAUCGUCCAGUUCUAUGGCGCCCUCUUCAGAGAGGGGGACUGUUGGAUCUGUAUGGAGCUAAUGUCUACCUCAUUAGACAAAUUCUACAAAUAUGUAUAUUGCGUAUUAGAUGAUGUCAUUCCAGAGGAAAUAUUAGGCAAUAUAACAUUAGCUACGGUUAAAGCACUGAAUCACUUAAAGGAAAACUUGAAAAUAAUUCACAGAGACAUCAAACCUUCCAACAUUCUGAUGGACAGAAGGGGAAACAUCAAACUAUGUGACUUCGGCAUCAGCGGCCAGCUGGUGGAUUCCAUAGCCAAGACUAGAGACGCAGGCUGCAGGCCUUACAUGGCACCUGAAAGGAUAGACCCCAGUGCUUCCAGGCAGGGAUACGACGUUCGCUCUGACGUUUGGAGCUUGGGAAUCACCCUGUAUGAGCUAGCUACAGGAAGAUUUCCUUACCCCAAGUGGAACAGUGUUUUUGAUCAGCUGACACAGGUGGUGAAAGGAGAGCCUCCACAGCUCAGCAACUCAGAGGAGAGGCAGUUCUCCCCAAAGUUCAUCAACUUUGUUAACCUAUGCCUUACAAAAGAUGAAUCAAAGAGGCCAAAGUACAGAGAGCUUCUGAAACACCCGUUUAUCCUGAUGUACGAGGAGCGCUUCGUGGAUGUUGCCAGCUAUGUGUGUCGCAUCCUGGAUCAGAUCCCGGCUUCGCCCAUCUCUCCUAUGUACGUUGACUGAUGCCAAGAAGGGUCUGCCAGUGUUGGCCCCCUUAACGGGCAGCGGGUGGUACACUAAGCUUUGUGAUGCGACGUUUCUCAUCUUAGCCUUCAGUUACGUAGGAUCACCUGUUUGUUCACAUAUUCCCAAAGAAGAGAGGAAUUAAAUCCAAACUUCCCAGAGCAAAGAGAUGAACAUCAAAAGAGAAAACUUCCAGACUUAUUUUAAGAUCCCAAAAUAUAUCAUCUUAAAGCAGAAAAACUUGAAGCGGUAACUUUGUCUUAGUAAAGCGCAAUGCAUCUUUUUAUGUGACACAAAGAAUAGAGUAUACAUACAUACAUGGAAUAUAUAUAAAUAUAUAUAUACUUGAACUUGUUCACAAAAGUCUACCAAAUGAAAUUAUGUGGAGUUUAUGAUGUAUGACAGUAGAACCUAAUGGGUUGUAUAUUGUAUGCAUAUUUGUCUUUGCCUCUAAAAUGAUGACUUGUUUAGAUUAUUGCUGAUAGACCUACUGUCUAAAAUCAUUUACACUUUCACACGGGUUGCUGUGAGCGCCUUCACACGCAGUAAAUGAAUGGGUAUGCAAUUUCUUUUUCAGAAAGCUUCUGGUAGCCUGUCUUAACUGUUUCCUUUUUUUUUGUUAUACUUCCUAAUAUGCAAUCCCUGACGGUUUGUCGCAGUACAUCAUCUAAUCCCAGCUACUGCAGUGCGGCCCUUAGCUUCUGGGCUUUGACCCGUUUUGAGUCGCAUAACUAUGUACACACUUUCCAUUAGGUCAUUUUUUGUCUGUUGAUGCUAAUCGUUCAAAACCAAUUCUGCACAAUGAGCUAAGCUGUUAGCUUUUAGCAAAGAAAUGCCAAAAAUAAUAUUGUUUUCCAAAAAAACAAAAAAACAAAAAGCUAAUGAUGAAGUCCUUUGUUAAUCGACACACCUAAACUUGUUGCUAAAAACUAUAUUUUUAUUUUUAACUCCCCCCAACUAAGCGUUGACCAGACAUGAAUUUCUGAGGUUUGUUACAUAAUAAACUUUUUUUGGGGUAUUUUGGUUUAUAUGAUUUUUUUUUGUUUUGUUUAGUUUGUUCUACCCUGUGGUUUUUAUUUUAACCAAAGCUUAAAUUUGACCCUCCAGCAUAUUGAAAACUAAAUGUAUUACGGUACCAAAUA